GAGCUGCGGGGAUACCGGAAAGAACGGGCGGAUUAGUCUGAUUAUAGUAACCCGGAUAAUCAUCUGUAGUGUAAGGCUGUGACCGAAAUGGCUCCCUACUCCCUCAUUAGUAUUGCGCUAUGUAGGGAGAUACUAAUAAGUUCACUAAUUAGUGGUAAAACUGGAGUGAAUUCGGACACUAACUCAUCAUUAUCAUGCGCCAGCACCGGUCGCAUAAACACACACAGGGAUGCUGUUGCUGUUUCUGACGUUUUAUGGAGAUGCUGAAGCAGCUUCAGUUCUAGCAGCGAGGAGAUACCUGACGUGCGAGACACACUCUGCUUAUCUCUCCUGCGAUUAUGGCUAUAUAAAAGUCUACAGUGCGAAUUACGGGCGUACGGACAGAACCACCUGCUCGGACGGAGCACCGGCCCAUGGGGUUGCGAACGUGCACUGUUUCAGCGAAAGAUCUCUUAAAGUCAUGUCAGACAGAUGUAAUGGACGGCGGAGCUGUUCUGUUCCUGUGGUAAACGCAGUCUUCUCUGAUCCCUGUAUUGGAACUUGGAAAUACCUGGAUUUUGCGUAUCAAUGCCUUCCAUACAAGCGGAGCGUGAUCUGUGAAUACGCGGAGGGUGAAAUAAGCUGUGACAGUGGAGUGAUUUUCAUCCAUCAUGCCAACUACGGGCGGAGGGAUCGGACCACCUGCCCCCAUAAACUAGCAACCACAUCCGACUGCUACUUCCCCCAGACCUUCAGUCUGCGCUCCAGGUGCAACGGUAAGAAGUCUUGUAGGCUGAGUGCCUCCAACCAUGUGUUCUCAGACCCGUGCCAUGGUGUCCAUAAGUACUUGGAAGUGACCUAUAGCUGCAGCUUAAAUGAAUAAACAAGAGUGUAUCCAGUCAUCUCUGUGGAACCUGGGUGGAACCUUGGAUGGAUGUGAGGAUAUAGCAGAUGUUUGUAUAUAUAUAAAUAUGUAUAAAAUAAAUCCAUUUUCUAGCUUAAACACACUUUACUAAACUUCAUAAUAAUGUAAAUAUCUCUGAUUAUAAACAGACAUUUCUUGUAAAAUUAUGACUCAUGGUGAUAUAAUGAAAAAAAUAAAGGUCUUUAACUUUU